AUGACAUACAAGGGCCGGCCUAUUCGAAUUGCAGGUGCCUCGGGCUCUGCGUCAGACCGUCGCCAUGCUAUCGCCAGUUUUGCGCAUCACUACCCGUCUGAUCCUAUCGAUGUGAUCAUUGCUGAUUUCAUGAGCGAGUUCAACAUGGCCACCGCCGCGGGUCGACGCGUGGACCAAGCAAUUUCCCAAGCGACAGCCCCUGCCUACGAGCCCUCCUUUCUGGAAGCACUUGAACCAGCUCUUGAUGACUUGGCUAAGUAUGGUAUCAAGCUUGCGGUGAAUGCUGGGGUGACAGAUACAAAAGGUCUAUACAAAGUGGUGUCCCGUAUGGUGGAGGCAAAGAAGCUAGACUUGAAGAUAGCAUGGGUUUCCGGAGAUGAAGUGCUAUCUACUAUUCAGAAGGGGUUGGAUGCUGGGUCCGAGUUUCGCAACAUCUAUACAGGCGAGCGAUUGGCGGACUGGUCCUUCGAGCCCAUCUAUGCCCAGUGCUAUCUCGGUGGUCUCGGUAUCGCAGCCGCAUUUGGAGACGGUGCUGAUAUUGUACUGUGUGGGCGUGUCUCAGAUGCUUCACCGGUCAUCGGGGCUGCGUACUGGUACCAUGGCUGGCAGCGUGAUGAACUUAACAAGUUAGCCAAUGCUUUUGUGGCAGGUCAUCUCAUCGAGUGUAGCAAUUACGUUUGCGGUGGAAACUUCACAGGCUUCAAGGCCCUAGAGCAUGCAGAUGGAGGCGGCUGGGCCGAUAUUGGAUAUCCCAUCGCCGAGAUAUCUACAGAAGGCGAUGUGGUGAUCACGAAGCAGGCACACGCCACUGGUGGUGCAGUGACCGUCGAUACUUGUACAUCCCAGCUGCUCUAUGAAAUCCAAGGUCCCUUGUAUUACAACUCCGACGUUACUGCGGUACUCGAUGGUAUCCAUUUUUCGCAGCGCGGCAUCAACCGCGUCGCUGUUCACGGGGUCCGGUUUGCUCCUCCUCCGCCCACAACCAAAAUCGGUAUCACUGCGCGAGGUGGGUUCCAGGCCGAGGCAUGGUGGUUCUUGACCGGUCUGGAUAUCGAAGCCAAAGCACGCAUGCUGGAGGGACAGAUCCGCCAGUUGUUGUCACCCUAUUCAGACAAAUACACAUCCCUCAAGUUCGACCUACUGGGAUCUUGUCUGUCUGACCCAACCAAUCAGAAUCGCGCCACUGUGCCGCUGCGUAUCGUCGUGCAGGCACGCCGUGCGGAGGACCUUGCGCCGACGCGUUUCCUCAAACCUAUCACUGAUAAUAUCAUGCAGGGCUAUCCCGGCGCUACCUUCCACUUGGAUAUGCGCCAGGGGUUCCCACGUGCCAUCUUCGAGUACUAUGUUAGCUUGCUGCCGCAGUCCGCAGUCCAGCAUCGGGUGCACAUGCCUUGGAAGCCGACAGCGUCCACACAAACUCUUGAUAUUUCGCCUCCACCCAAUACCAAGACAUACCCAGCACGCCAACCGUCCCAGCCUAUUACCCAGACCGACGAACCCGUCGAUCUUGUCCAUGACUUUGGACCGACGACUCGUGGCCCACUUGGCUGGAUCGUUCACGCACGCUCUGGUGAUAAGGGGGCGGAUGCUAAUUGCGGGUUCUGGGUGCGUCACCGCGAUGAGUACCAAUGGCUGCGGGUCUUGUUGUCUGUCGACACAGUGCAAGAACUGUUGGGGGAUGAAGGCCGCGAGAAUCCCCAACUAGCAAUUGAGCGCUUCGAAUUGCCUAGCCUCCAUGCCGUGCAUUUCCUGUUCCGCAAUCUCCUGGAUCGUGGGGUUGGGGUGACCACCACCGUCGAUUUCCUAGGAAAGAAUGUGGCAGAAUACCUGCGGGCGCGACAUGUCGAUCUUCCCGUGCGGUUCUUAACCCGCGGGAAGCUCUAG